UGCAACCGCCGUGCCAACGUAACCACGGAUGGAAGCAGCGCAGCAGAAGGCUGCCACGAGCCGAUAGAGCGCUUCUGAAUCAUAGCAACGCGUGUGCAAACAAAGACUCGCACCGCACCCACACCAUCCCGGCCCAGCCACCAGCCCGAAUCCACGGCACAGCUCCGAAACAGCCACAUUGGCCUAAGAAAGCAGGUCGUACUUGGAACUGUACUGAAUAUACAGUAAUUCCUACUCAUCCCUGAUGGAUUUCAAUCCAUGCACUAAUUGAAGCUCUAUCCCCAAAAAACAGAGGAACGAUGCCGUUCAUUCGGCCCACAGAGGAGGUGAGCAGGCAGUAAAGCAGCACAGAGCAGCAGUGGAUGGAAACCCAAAUGAGCUGCUCGAUUCCAAAUGAGUUACACUGUGUCACAGACACGACUGAUGCAGAACAAGAUGACCUACCUUGUGAUGGAGAUGGGGGAAUAGCCUGUGAACACCAUGGCAAGUCAGACCAAUUGAAUGACUGCACUUAUAUCCCUGAUGCUUUAAACUUAUCUUCAGAAAGAGGUAACAGAAAUGCAUCAAGUUACGAGAUUUAUGUACAACCUGAAGGUGUAUUUAACUAUGCUGAAGGAACCAUAGGAACAAGUGGAAUUUCAGCUGGAAUACCUGGAAGUGAACUGUCCUUUAAAAAGGACAGCUGGUGUGGUCAACCAGAUGGCAGAGACCCUCCAAGUCACUCCAGUAUGUCCCAUGUCCUUCUGCGCCAUUUCCCUACAGGAGAGUUAACGAGCAAAUGGCAGUUGAUUGAACAUGAGACUAUACCAGAAACAUCCCUGACUGAAAGCAUUGAUGAAACCACAAACAAGCACACAGCUUGUGAAUGCGUCCAAGGCCCUUCAACAGGUGAACAACAGGCAGCCAAGUUUGAAGAGCACCACUUAGAAAAGCUGAAAGCAGUGAGUACUGAAGGGAAAAUUCAGGAUUUGCUAAGUAAAAACACAUUUGUUUCAAAAACCUCUACUUCUACUCUUGCUAAGCAUGGGUGCAGACAAGAAAAUUUGCUGUUGAUUAAUGAGUAUGAAGAUGCAUGUAUCUUUCAAAACACAGAGCAGACAUACAUGUUUAAGAAAUCAGUUCCAUCUCAUGAGCUCAUAGCGGGCCAAGGUGAAGCUCAGAAGUGUCAGGAAGACAGUAAUGAAGUCACUUCAGAAAUGACAGUACCAAAAAUGAGUGAAAAUAAUAAAUCCAUUCCCACCAUUAAAAGAACAACAUCCUUCCCUACAUUGCUAAGUAAAUCAGUAACCAUUAACAGCAUUCUAGAAAAUCGGAAAUGUUUCGAUUCCAUUGAAGUCACAAAUCAGGAAGGAACAAGCAUUCCAGAAUCGUCCCAACAACAAAAGGUACUACCUCAGUCAGGUUUUCCAAAUGCAGGGUUUGCCAUUUACUCAGGAGACAUUGGAACAGCCCCUGAAGCCUCUACAGCAGACACUUCUGUCCUACAGCCUUCACAUGGUUUGUCUGAACCAAGAUUGCCGUGUGGGAAAACAGUAUCUGCAUUUCCAACAACUCAUACAGUAGAACUGUGCAGUCUAAAUGCUUCUAAUUCACUGCCCAAAAUAACCCAAGGAGAGAUGAUGUCUCAAAUGCUGAAGGAACAGACAGAUCAACUAAAAAUUAAAGUGGAAGACUUCUCUAAACACGUGACCAAGGAGACAUUCCUCUUACAAGAUGAUUAUCUGGCAUUAAAUCAACUGAAAAGAUACCUUGAAGCCUUGGAAAGGAAUUAUUUAACUGCUAGAGAGGAGCAUCGUAACUUACAGCUGCAGUACUACAAGGACAAGUCUGUCAACAUUGGAGAAUUUGACCCCAAAAGAAAGGUAGAAGGGGAAAUAUUUAGACUUGGCACGAUGCUUGAAGACAUCAAAGAACUAGCAGAUGACAGCAGGCACAGAUGGGCUCCUUCACCUAGUUCCUGUGGAUCUGCCCAUUCCUCAUAUUCUCUUUGGGAGAGCUCAGUACUUUCAAGUAUUGCUGAUUCCCCUGAAGAAAAUACAUUUCUUAGCAAGAACAAUGAAGGAGAAAAUACAAGCCAGACAAGUUCCGUAACUCCACAGAGAAAUGCCCACUUCUCUUUGCAGUGUGACAGAUGCAAUCUUCGUAUUCACACGUUACAGAAGAGAGCCGAAUCAACUUAUGGGAAAGAAAUGGAUCCUCUGGGAAAAAGUUGUCUGCUAGCAAGCAAGUAUUCUUCACAUGAAAUGAGAUUCUUUUCACCUGAAGGAAAAUAUGAGGCGGAAGGUCUUGGAUUCCAUACUCAGGGUACAUUAAGUCAGAAAGAUAGUGCCAGUGAAGAGAGUAUGAAAGGAAAUAACAUAAUGGAAAGGAAAACUGGAACACAUACAAUCUUCAUUCUAAGAAAACCGACCGAUUUAUCAGAUAAAAAUCUGAACAAUGAUUCAGAAGCCAUCUCAGCCUACCAUUCUUAUGGUUCACAAAGUGAUGAAUUUAUGAAAUGUGAAAGUCACCAAAUUCUCCAUGCAAGGCUACAUAGAGAGAGAAAAGGAUUUAAAUGCAGAUGCUCCAGAGAAAGCCAAAAUCCAUUUAAACUCAGGAACUACAAGGAAUCUGUUCAGUCUUGCACUCUACGUAGAAAUAAAAACUCUGGUUCAACUUCUUAUUUGCAGAAGAGAAUCCCCAGUCAAAAGGCUCAAAUAAAUCAACAGCCACCUGAACCUGUCAACAGACUUUAUCAAAGCAAGAAGUCUGCCCGAAACACAUCCGCGAUCAUCAGAAACAGAACUGCCAAAGACUUCAACAUAAACAUUUUAAAUUCUACUCUGGAUCAUGCAAUACAGACAGCAAACAGCUUGAAGAAAGCUACAGAAAAAAUGGUGCAAGCAAUUUCGGAAGAUCUAGCUAAAGCUAGAAGAAAACAGCUUUAACCAUCUAGUUUCAGAUGCUACAUUUUUUUGCUGGUUAUAAAUAAUAAACAUCUCUACAAAUAUAAAAUGACAAAGAUUAGAAAAUCAGCUAGCUUUAGUUCUAUGAUUGUCAGUACUAACUG